AUGCAUUUGCAACUUUUGGCUCUCCUCUCCCUUGUUUGUCAGACACUUAAUUUGACGUUAGCUGCGAGAAAACGAAGCGAGGACUGCAGCAGCUGUCUGGAGUGUUCGAAGGAAAACGGCUGCCUGCGCUGCUCUGAGCGCCUCUUCCUGUUCCUGAACAGAGAUGGCAUGAGUCACUACGGCUCUUGUCUUUAUUCCUGCCCCUCCGGACACUUCGGCCUCCGAGGCAAAGAUCUCAACCGCUGCAUGAAAUGCAAAGCUCCAGAGUGUGAGAGGUGCUUCAGCAAAGACUUCUGCACUAAGUGCAAGGGAGGACAUCUGCUCUUCAAAGGCAAAUGCUUCAAAAACUGUCCAGAGGGCACAUUUCCACAGUCCACAGACUGUGUUGAAGGCUGUGUGUUCAGUAGCGUAGCUUUCUGGGGUGAGUGGAGCCCAUGCCAGCACAACGGCCUGAGCUGUGGUGUCAGAUGGGGGCAGCAGAGCAGGACCCGUGAGCUGUCCAGAAACACGCCUGAAGAAACAGACGCAGGCUGUUCACAUCAGACUGAGAGAAGAAAGUGCAGGAUUAAGAAGAGGUGUCCAAAAGAUAAAAGGCAAAAUGAAAGGAGAGAAGGAAGAAGAAAGGCACAGAAAAAGCUAAAGCUCUUCGGGAACAGAACCAUCACAGAACCUCCAUAAAGAAUGUAAAGUUCUGGAACGAAAGUCAGUUUUAUUCUUUAGUAAUAUAUAUAUAUAUAGUAUAUAACAAUAUUUUUGUAUAAAUAAUUGUUAUAUGGCUACUUUAAAAAGUGUAACAUAUAGCAAGAUAUUGCACAUCCUUUUUUUAAUGCAGAUGUAUUAAGUGACAAGUUGGAAGGGUUUCCCCCAACACUACCACAUGACUUAAACCUCCGGUAAACUGGGGUUUGACAAAGACGAGAUCCAUGUUGGACUAUGACACUGUACAUUUCCUUCUGAUGAAUAACAGAAGAACAGCUUCAUGUGGUUUGAGCUGUAUCUUCACAUCUUUCUGUGCAUGCCUCGGCUGUUCUG